GCUACAAGCCUACAACUAAGAUUUCUUAUCAACAAACCUUACUACAAAAAUCUUUUUUUUAUUUGACGCUAUAAAUUUAAUGAUGAUAUGUUGUUUUUCUUGAAUGGCUCUUGAUCAAAUGUUUGUCAUAUUAACUAAUAUGGUAUGAAAGAAUACACAAUCUUUUUUCUAGUGUGCAGUCAUUCAAUUGCCCUCCCAGACGCUAUUGCUCUCUGUUUCGGAUAAAGCUUGCCGCUUGAUUGGGAUGCUUUUUCCAGGGGAUAUGGUAGUGUUUAAACCCCAGAUCCCAAACCCGCAACAGCAGCAACAACAGAUGCAAGCUCAACAACACCCACAGCUUCAACAGUUGCAGCAGCAGCAGCAGCAAACGCUCUCUCAGAUUCCCCAGCAGCAACAGCUCUCCCACAUGCAACAGCCGCCACCAGCACUCAUCCAACAACAACAACUACAGCAGCAACAACAAAUGCAGCAGCAACCACCACCCCAACAACAGCAGCAGGUGUACAUGCAAGGCCCCGGGCGACCGCAGCUAAUGUCUCAGGGGGGGCAAGUUUCGUCACAAGGACUUCCAAACAUUCCCACCAGCGGCUUUAUGAACUGAUUCCUCUCUUCAUCACACUGCAGGUUGAUAUUAUAAGGAUACAGGUAGGUAAUUAAGUAGGUAUCUUCCCAAAUGAUUUGGAAAACAGCCAAGGUUCUCUUUGUGUGAAAUAUGUGGGCAUUAUUGACUGUGUUAUAGGAAAAAUGGAUUUUGAGGAUAAAUUAUUAGAAUAGUGCUAGAAACCCACCACCCCUGCCCCCACGCGUGACAACACAGAUGAUUUUAUACCUGCAGAGACAAUAAUCGUCUGUGUUGUUCAUAGAUGGUUUGUACAGGUAUAAAAUCGUCUGCGUUGUUAUGCGUGGGGGCGAAGGUGAGGGCACUGUAGCACGGUCCAAAUUAUUAUGCAAUUCCAAGGAGUGUCAUUCAUGGGAAUCACUUGGUU